GGAAUAUUCGCCUUCGAGUUAAGCCUCUCUUCUCCCUCUCGAGAGAUCUCGCCGCCCGCCGCCGCCGCCGCCGCCGCCAUGGCUUUCUCGGCGCGGAGGAGCCUCGCUUCCGGCCUCUCCCGCCACCUCACCCGCCGCCUCCACCCCGCCGUCUCCCACCUCGUACCCUCCCAGCACCACGACCACUCCGAGGACCCCUCGCCCUCCUUCCCGCCCACUACCCAACCCCCGCCUUUCCCCUCCGCGCCCCGCUCGCUGUCGAGAUCCCAGGCGCUAAGCCUCGCCCUCCCCUUCGGCCUCCGCCACGCGGCCCACCGCAACUUCUCCACCUCCUCCUCCUCCGCCGCCGCCGCCACCACGCCCCCUCCCUCCGCCGACGUCCUCUCGGACGCCGCAUCCUCGGUCUCUGUCCCGGCGGCGGACGUUCUCGCGGACGCCGCAUCGUCCAUCCCCGUCGCUGUCCCGGCGCCGUUCCCGGGGGAGGUGGCUGCUGCAGCCGCUGACUCGUUUGCACCGGUCGCCGCCCUGCAGCACCUCAUUGACGGCGUCCAUUCCUUGACGGAGCUGAACUGGUGGGCUUGUAUUGCGCUGACGACAGUGUUGAUCCGGACGCUAACUGUCCCAUUGAUGCUGAACCAAAUGAAGUCUACGGUGAAGUUAAAUGCAAUGCGACCAGAAAUUGAAGCCAUUAAUUUGGAGAUGCAAACUUCAACUGAUCCCCAGUCAAUGCUAAUUGGAAAAAAGAAAUUGAGUGAGCUAUUCCUAAGGCAUGGUGUAACUCCACUGACACCAUUAAAGGGUUUUUUCAUCCAAGGACCUAUAUUCAUGAGCUUUUUUUUUGCCAUCUCAAACAUGGUUGAGAAAGUCCCCUCUUUCAAAGGAGGUGGGAUAUAUUGGUUCACUGAUUUGACAACUCCUGAUGAGCUUUUGAUUCUCCCAGUUUUGACAUCACUUACUUUCCUGGCUACAGUAGAGUUAAAUAUGCAAGAUGGCAUGGAGGGAAAUCCUAUGCUGAAGACGAUGAAGAAUUUCUCUAGAGUAAUGGCUGUUUUGACUAUUCCAUUUACAAUGAGCUUUCCCAAGGCAAUUUUCUUUUACUGGGUCACAUCGAACUUGUUCUCUCUUGGGUAUGGUUUUGCUCUUCGGAAUCCAGCCGUAAGAAGUUACUUAGAUCUUCCUCCCAUGGAUACUGUGUUUGCACCUGCACAACAACCAACCUUCAACCUUUUCGAUGGAUCCAAGUCAAUACCUGCAGUUGGCUCUCCUACUGCAGAUUCUGAUCGAUCAAAUUCUGUUCUAAGCCAGCGGUUCAGUGAUCUUGAAAACAGAGCUAAAUCGAGACGUGAAUCUCAAGACUAAAGGCAUUUGUGUUUUUUUUACUAAAGUAUAUUGCAUGCUGGUUUUUUAUCGGCAAUUGAGGUGGAAAAGGCUAUCAUUUUUUACUGUUAUGAUGCCACUGCCAUCCGGAGUGAAAUAAACCAGAGUAACCGGUGGCUUGUAAAACCAGUUUAUUUAUAUACCGAUUUUAAGAAUCAUCCUUCCCGUC